UAAAGGAAGUAAAUUUCAAUAUCGUCAAAGCGGUAUUCAGUUUAGAUCCAAUUAAAGAGGCAACAACAACAAAUGUCUUAAGUGCCAACAAUCAGGUAUUGGGUCGCUUGGGUAUGGUUGUUUCAAAUAAUAUAAAAAGCGAUGAUACUAUGUUGGAUUGUUUGAAGGCAAUUCAGGAAUACUGUGAAGAACAACCAGCUCUGAGAGCCAAGGUUGCCCAGAUUAUUCAUUAUCUCUAUGAUAAGGAAUUUGUGUCUGAAGAAGCUAUCCGCAUGUGGCACAAUGAGUUGGAUGAUGAUUCAGAGUGGUUGAAAGCACCAUUGCAGAAACUCAUAGAAUGGCUAGGUCAAUCCAGCGAAGGCAGCAGUGAAGAAGAAAACGACGAUUAAAUACUUUUUCUUUUCUUCUUAACUUAAUGAUUCUUCAAUAAAAAAAAAAUCUUUAAAAAACUGCCUCUUUG